CGCCGCGAGGCGUGGUCGGCCCCGCAGAGGCCCGCUGGGAGCCGGAGAAGAGCAUGCGCGGAACCCCGCAGGGGCGCGGGGUGCUGGCGCGACAUCCCGGCCAUGGCGGAGGAGCGGGGCCGAGACGAAGACCCUGGUCCCAACCCGUCGGUGCUGUUCCUGCACCCGGACCUGGGCGUGGGCGGCGCCGAGCGCCUGGUACUGGACGCGGCGCUGGCGCUGCAGGCGCGCGGAUGUAGCGUGAAGGUCUGGACCGCGCACUACGAUCCGAGCCACAGCUUCGCGGAUAGUCGCGAGCUGCAGGUGCGCUGCGCGGGCGACUGGCUCCCGCGCAGCCUGGGCUGGGGCGGCCGCGGUGCGGCCGUCUGCGCCUACGUGCGCAUGAUCUUCCUGGCGCUGUACGUGCUGUUUCUCGGCGACGAGGAGUUCGACGUGGUCGUGUGCGACCAGGUGUCUGCCUGUAUCCCAGUGCUCAAGCUGGCCAGACGGCGUAAGAAGAUCCUGUUUUAUUGUCAUUUCCCAGACCUGCUGCUCACCAGGAGAGAUUCGUUGCUUAAACGCUUAUACAGGGCUCCGAUCGACUGGAUAGAGGAAUAUACUACAGGCAUGGCAGACUGCAUCUUGGUCAACAGCCGGUUUACAGCUGCCAUUUUCAAGGAAACAUUCAAGUCCCUAUCUCACGUAGACCCUGAUAUCCUCUACCCAUCUCUGAAUGUCACCAGCUUUGACUCAGCUGUUUCUGAAAAGCUUGAUGACCUCAUCCCCAAGGGGAAGAAAUUCCUGUUCCUCUCCAUCAACAGAUACGAAAGGAAGAAAAAUCUGACUUUGGCGCUGGAAGCCCUCAUAAAACUGCGUGGAAGAUUGACAUCCCAAGAUUGGGACAAGGUUCACCUAAUCAUGGCAGGUGGGUAUGACGAAAGAGUCCUGGAGAAUGUGGAACACUAUCAGGAAUUGAAGAAAAUGGUCCAGCAGUCCGACCUUGCACAGUAUGUGACCUUCCUGCGGUCUUUCUCAGACAAACAGAAAAUCUCACUCCUUUGCGGCUGUACCUGCGUGCUUUACACACCAAGCAAUGAACACUUUGGCAUCGUCCCUUUGGAGGCCAUGUACAUGCAGUGCCCAGUCAUUGCUGUUAAUUCGGGUGGGCCCUUGGAGUCCAUCGUCCACGGUGUCACAGGGUUUCUGUGUGAGCCUGACCCUGUGCACUUCUCAGAAGCCAUGGAAAAGUUCAUCCAUGAACCUUCCUUAAAAGCCACAAUGGGACUGGCCGGGAGAGCCAGGGUGAAGGAAAAGUUUUCCUCUGAAGCUUUUACGGAACAGCUCUACCAGUAUGUCGCCAAACUGCUGGUAUAAUCAGAAUUUUUUAAAGGCCUUUAUGCUGUAUUCAUAAUUUCAUUUUCUGUAGCUUGUAGACUCACUUUUGAAACCAAGAAAGAAACCUAGAAUCUAUUGCAGACAAGAUUAAAAGAAAAAUAUACUUGAAUCUUGAAUCUGAGCCACUUUCCUAUACACCACACCUUCCCAUCUACUUUUUCAGAAAAAGAAGGUAUGUUUUAUGCUAUGAUUAGUCCACGUCUUACCAGUAUUGAUUAAGAUAUAAAAAUGAUACAGUUCUACAUUCAGCAGAGUAUUUUAAUUAUAUUUUCUCUGGAUUUUUGUUGCUCUGCCUAUGAAUUUUGAGUCAUAGUGUGCCUUACUUGGUUUUGAUAGUCUAAGUACGUCAUCAUUAAAGUCGAUUAAUUUGGGUUCAUAGCAUAAUGAAAACAGGGUCACCGUAGUUCCCAAAAUCAAUGCACCUAAGCUUUCACUGUCCUCCGUUAGGAAAUUUUUGUUAGUCACACCUUUUGCCUGGAUCCAUAGCAAGAAUGUUCUGUACUUUUUUACAAAGAUGAUUUAUUAUAUUUUUGCACACUGAGACAUUACAUUAAUAGAUGUUUAUCAUAGGAAAAGAAAAUAACAUUAGAUUUGGACCUCUUGAUCUGUGUGGUAUUAUUAGGAACGUAGACAACCAGGAAGUCCAAAACUAGAGUAAACUAGAUGUUGAAGUGAGGGGACAGUGUCACUCAUGAGUGUGCCUCUUCCGUAUGGUUGGCAUCUUCAUGUCCUCAGAGUCUUCAGCUUUGUUAAUGUUGGUGUUUUGUUAAGUGAGCUCCUACCAAGUGUAAGGCACAAUUGCUUUGUAUCCUUCAAGGCCUGCCUUAGGUACCAUGGCUGUGAGGCUUAACCCUCCUCCCUCCUCCCAGCCUGCACGUGGUGUUUGCCUUCCAUGUACCCUAGCCCUUUUGUGGCACUGACCAGUCUUACAGUUCCUUACUUAGCUGUUGGUCUAAGGACAAAUAAACAUUAAAGCACUUUUCAACGUAUCUUUACAGAUAAACUUAUUUAUUUUUUUAUUCCCUCCCAAAGUGGGGCCUGAACUCACAACCCUAAGAGCAAGAGUCCCAUGUUCUACCAACUGAUCCAGUCAAGCACCCCAAAAGCUAAAUUCGAUUUUUUUUUAGUUUAUUUAUUUUGAGAGAGAGCGCAUGUGAGCCGUGGAGGGGCAGAGAGAGAAGGAGAUAGAGAAUCCCAAGCAGGCUCCGCAUCGUCAGCACAGAGCCCAACACAGGGCUCAAUCCCACAAACCGUGAGAUCAUGACCUGAGCCGAAAUCAAGAGUCAGACAGACACUCAACUGACUGAGACACCCCAAAUUCAUUUUUAAAAAAGAGCAGUGAUCACUAGCCAAAGGCUCCACGCUCAUCAAUUCUCAGAGCACAGACCUGAGAGCCUAACAGCCUGUGUCAGUGACUUUGGGCAAAUCACUUAAUUUUUGUGCCUCAGCUUCUUCAUCAGCUGUAAUAUUCUAUGUUCUUUACAGAGUAGUUAUGAUAGAUUACCAUAAUAUAUGUAAAGUACUUAAAACAGUACUUGGCACGUGGGAUGGGCUACAUAAAUGUUAGCUAUUUUGUAAUGUGGGGAUAUUGAAAACUGCAGAAGUUCCAUGGGGGUUCAUGCUGCGCUUUGGGGUUCUUUACAGAAUGGACUUUCAGGUUGUAAUUUAUCACCUUAGUCUGUAUCACAGGAAUAUUUUAAUAUUUAAUAUGCAAUAAAAUGACUGUACCAAAAAAGGAGUUCUCUAAAAUGAGAGUCAAAUAUAUGAAGUCUUUUGUGGAAUGAAAAGUUGAGUUUGCUUUUCUUUGUCAUUGUGAAAGCUUACAGUCCAAUAAAGUUGGUCAUCCCCGU